AUGAAUAACCUUCAACCACAUCACGGCAAAGGCAUCGGGUCGCAACAGCUCGUUCUUACUCUUCUCAUCCCCUGUGUCUAUCUCGUUUACCACCACGUCCUCUUCCCACUAUUUCGACGCGAUCUCCGCACCAUCCCAGGCCCAUUUCUUGCCAAGAUAACGGACCUGUAUCGCCUCUUCAUAGUCCGCACCGGAUCCGCCCACGAGUAUCACAUCCGUCUACAUGAGCGGCAUGGCCCUUUCGUUCGCCUUGGACCCAACAACGUCUCCGUCGGCUCUCCGGCCGCGAUACCCGUUCUCUAUAAUGCACGCACUCGCUUCCCCAAAUCCGAUUUCUACCCUGUGAUGGGAAACGUCGCUCGUGGGAAGGUCGUCCCUACCAUCUUCUCCACGUUAGACGAAUCUGUUCACGAGUCGAUGAAGCGACCUAUUGCGCAGGUGUAUGCGAUGACGAGUCUUCAGACUUAUGAGCCACUGGUUGAGAGCACCGAGACUUUAUUCUUCAGAAAAUUGGAGAAGCUCGUAGAAGAGGAGAGAUCUUUUGAUCUUGGAACUUGGCUGCAUUGGUUUGCGACAGAUGUGAUCAUGGAGAUCACUUUUGGGAAAAGGGUGGGGUUCCUAGAGAGAGAAGAAGAUGUAGAUGGCAUAUUAGCAACGAUUGAAAAGAGAUUUUGGUACGUCGCUGUGACUGGCCAACUGCCCUGGCUGGAUAAAUUGUUUCAUAAGAAUUCUCUUAUCACCUUUCUCUCGGGCCUUUGGUGGAAGCAGAAAAUCUCCCCGGUCCUCAGGUUCACUCUUGACCAAAUAGAGGAACGGAAAAGGGCACGCCAGGGAAAUCCUGAAAAGAAAGGCCAAGAGCGAGAUUUCCUAUCUCGGUUCCUUGACAUUCAGGAUGGCCGCCCAGAUAUCCCUGACUUUUGGAUAAUAUCUUGGUGCCAACAAAAUGUCCAAGCCGGUUCCGAAUCCACGGCAAUUACACUAACUUCAGUGAUAUAUCACCUCCUCAAAACCCCGGAUUCCAUGCAAAUGCUGCUUGCAGAGCUAAAUAAUGCAAACCUUCCAUCACCAAUUCCCUGGGAUAUGGCCCAUAAGCUUCCAUGCCUUGACUCUUGCAUUAAGGAGGCCUUGAGAAUGACCCCGGCCAUUGGUAUCCCGUUGGAGCGGGUCGCUCCACCGGAAGGUAUAGAGUUGUCUGGCAAGUAUUUCGAACCUGGAACGGUCCUUGGAGUGAAUGCAUGGGUUGUGCAUAGAGAUCAGCAGGUAUUUGGAGUCGAUGCUGCUUCUUGGAGGCCGGAGCGGUGGAUCGAGGCAGGUCCAGAUGCAAGGAAGGCCAUGGAGCGAGCACUAUUUGCCUUCGGAGGGGGAUCAAGAGUCUGCCUUGGGAAGAAUAUUUCCUACCUGGAAAUGUACAAAGUUAUCCCUGAACUGCUCACAAGAUUCAAGGUUUGUUACUUCCGGUUCAACCGCUUCGAUCUGUCGGUUCAUACUUAUGAUCCAACCCCGAUACAGUUCGAGCUCACAAACCCACGAAGAGAAUGGUCGGUGAAAAACGGCUUCUUUACGUAUACGAAGGGUGUCGAAGUCAAAAUUCAGAAAAGAACGAGUUCGGAUUGA